GUCGUUUUCUUAUUGGAGAAGAUCCACUUAAUAUUGAAUAUAUAUGGGAUAUGAUGUGGCGUUCAUCAAUAAAUUAUGGUCGAAAAGGUUUAACUAUUCAAGCGAUAUCAGCUAUUGAUUUAGCACUUUGGGAUUGUGCGGGAAAAUUAAGAAAUGAACCUGUUUAUAAAUUAGUUGGUGGAAAAACUAAAAAUGGUUUACCUUGUUAUGCAACAUGUUAUAAUCCAUUAGCAGCUAAAAAUUUAGGUUUUAAAGGUGCAAAAUUUCCUUUACCAUAUGGACCUGCUGAUGGUGAUCAUGGAUUAAUUAAAAAUAUUCAAAGAAUUAAAGAUAUACGUUUUUCUGUUGGAGAUGAUUUUCCUUUAAUGAUUGAUUGUUAUAUGUCAUUAACUGUUCCUUAUACAUUAAAAUUACUUGAACUUAUUCAACCAUAUAAUAUUAAAUGGUUAGAAGAAGCAUUACCACCUGAUCAAUAUAAUGGUUAUAGUCAAAUAAAAAAAGAAAAUCGUACAACAUGUUUAUUAACAUGUGGUGAACAUGAAUAUACACGAUGGGGAUUUAAAUUAUUAUUAGAUAAUUAUUGUGUUGAUAUUCUUCAACCAGAUGUAACAUGGGCUGGUGGAUUAACAGAAUGUCGUCGUAUAGUAGCUCUUGCAUCUGCAUAUGAUAUACCAAUUGUUCCACAUGGUUCAUCAAUAUAUUCGUAUCAUUUACAAUAUGCUUUUCCAAAUUUACCAAUGAGUGAAUUUUUAUUACUUUCACCUAAUGGUGAUUCAAUAUCACCUAUAUUUGGACAAUUAUUUCAUGAUGAACCAUUACCAAUUAAUGGAUGGAUUACAUUAGAUACAUAUAAACCAGGAUUUGGUGUUACACUUAAUAAAACAAAUCUUUUUCGUCCUUAUUUUAAUCAAAAUCGAACUAAAUAA